AUGCUAGAUUUUAGAGAUCUAUUAGUUAUGAGAAUAGACAAGAGUGUGUACCAAGUAGAUUGCAGGUCUCUUCCAACGGCCGAUGAGGACAUUGAAUGGGGAUUUCUGAACAAUGAAGGGCAAGUAGCCCUACAGGAGACCAUGUCGGAGGUCAGUCAAGACAUAGUGAAGGAUUCCAUCAUACAGGGCGCUCAGCUCUUUGAGUUGGCUUGUGUGAGAAUGAACGAGUGGACAAAACAGACACUGCAGGAACUAAGGAACGAUUCAAUAUUACAGGUGCAAACUAUCAUAUGUCACAACCUGACCACACAAUUGAUAUCGGAGCCCUUUCGGGACUAUGGAUGGACUUUGCAGUCCAAUCCCAGGCAAGCCGAAGGCAGAGAGUACAAACAACAGCUGAUAAACUAUUUACAACAGGUGACACUUGCACUUCAGUACCUACACUCGUUGAGGAUCAUCCACUGUGACCUUCACUGCAGCUACGUCUUUGUCAAUAUUGUCACGAACCGAGUGAAGCUGGGACGGUUUGGCCGAGCUGCUUACCUGCAGGGCACAAUAUCAGACAACAUGUUCAAUCCACAUGUUUACAAAGUGGCGCCGAAGAAUUCACUACAACGAUGUCCCCCCGAGGUUGAACAACUGGGAAAAUAUUCGAGAGCCUCUGACAUUUUCAUGUUAGCAGAUUUGAUCUCAGAUGCCCUGAUCCCUGAGAAAUGGGUCCAUGGAGCAAUCAGUCCUCUUCAAAUAGAUCAACAGUUGCUUGAUUGCUUGGAGAAGUGCAGAAGCCAGAACCCAUCAAGAAGAUUGAAAAUUGACUCCAUCCUCACUGCAUUGCAGGAUUUCAAGAUAAGGUCGCUGAUGAAAUGUGAUUUACCUUUCCCGAUACCUGUUCAACUACACUCUACAAGCGACAAAACUUACGUGGAGGGAGAGGUCGACCAGUUCCUUCCACCCUCCAACUCGCACUACAUGAGCAUCAUGCAUGACUCUGAGGAGGAAGAAGACCUUUAUUAUAGCAUUGCCUAUAACCCGGACUAUAUGAAUGACUCAGUGCAACCCCAGGUGGGUGAUGAGUCUGUGUAUCAAUGUCACCAGCCGUACAGCGAGGAUAUCUAUGAGGAUAUCAACUGCAGGUGGGAGAAAGUGGUGACAGAAUAUCGGAACGAGAACAGGUUAAUUUCCCCCGACUCUGACUCUCAGCCACCCUCAUUCACACCGCUCUGCGGUUACCAGGAUGUGGGUAUUGAUAGAAAGAACAGGCCAAAAUAGAUGGUCCUCGCUGUAUCCGUGUUGAGUCCUAUAGCUUAGAUGUUAAUGCGCUUGCCUCGAGAGGACCCAUGUUCGUUUCCCAGGCAGGGCAAA